AUGACUCUCGAUCAUAAUCCCAACAAAAAUAUACAUUUGGUUGUUCUAGUUCACGGAUUAUGGGGUAAUGUUAAUCAUAUGAAUUAUUUGGCCACUGAACUUGAAUCUUAUUUCAAGCUUGUAGAGGGGGAAAAAGCAUCCCACAGGAACGAAGAACUUUUAAUUUAUAAAGCAUCUAACAACGAAGGUUAUAAAACCUACGACGGUAUUGAUGUCUGUGGUUUAAGGGUUGCUAACGAAAUUAAAAAUAUUGUAAACGGCACUGUUGGUAAAGUUACCAAGUUCUCUAUAAUUGGUUAUUCGUUAGGCGGUCUAAUUUGUAGAUUUGCAAUUGGUCUUUUAUAUAAAGACCACUUUUUCGAAGAUAAUGACAUAGACUUGAUUAAUUUUACUACUUUUUGUUCCCCACAUGUAGGUGUAUUGGCACCUGGUACGAAUGUAGCAGUGUCCUUUUUCAACACUUUGGUUCCUAUAGUCUUGGGUAACAGUGGCAAACAAAUCUUUUUGAAGGAUAAAAUGUCAUUAUCUGGUUCCAUGCCAUUGGUUUAUGUUAUGAGUAUGAAGAAUUCUGUUUUUUACAAAGCUUUACAGAAAUUUAAAUACAGGUCUCUGUAUGCCAAUGUUAUUAACGAUAAGAGGACGGCCUGGUGGACUUCUGGUAUCUCUAAAAAUGACCCAUUCUUUGACUUAAAUGAAAGAAGUGACAUUGCAAAAUUCCAAUACAUUAAAGGCUAUAACCCUAUUAUUAUAGAUGCUGAAGCACCAAUUAAUGUAUCAGAUGCUGUCAAUGAUAGUGAUAUUAGUGCUACCAACGUGCAAGUGGAUGAUGAGAUAUUGACUGAAUUUUAUUUUAUCGACUAUUGGGCAAGUAAAUUGACUAAAUGGGUCACCGUUUUGUUAAAUUUAUUAAUAUUGGCACCAUUGUGGCUGGUUUGGUUUUUCGUCUAUGGAACGCUGGAGGCUUUUAAGUCAACUAUAAGGGUAACUCUAGUGGUAAACAAAUAUUCCCAAUAUAUCGUGGAGAACCUUUUGGAGGAAAAUGAUACUUUGGCAAUUGUCACUAACCCUAUUAACGAUAAGAUUGUAGGUGACGAAUACAGCAGUGAUGAAGAUGAAGAAGAAAACACCUUGUGUGCCUGUACCUCUAGAUCAACUAUGGCAAGUGCACUAAGUUCAACGGACAUCCAAACUAAUAUUGAAAAUUCAUUAACUGAUAAAACUGAUACCUUACUUGACAGUGUGUUUGAAGCUAUUGAAAGGAAAAAUACGGUCACUGGUUUGAUUGUUCCAAAUAAAACAGAUUUUAAAAUAUCUAUUAAAAGCUUAGAGUUACUGUCUAUUGAUGAGAUCAUAGAAAAAAGAAAAUUAAACAAGUAUGGGGCUUGUUUAUUAGAGAAUUUCCGUUUAAACAUCUCUAAAAUGCAACUGGAAAUCAUUGAAAACUUGAAUGACUUGGAAUGGAAGAAAUUCCCCGUUUUUAUUAGAAAUACUAAAAGUUCGCAUGCCUGUGCCAUUGUUCGUCAUGAUGAUCCUGAUUUUGAAGAGGGUGAAUGUGUGGUAAGACACUGGGUGAGUGAAGUGUUCAAACUGGACUGA